GGAUUAAUGAGUUGUGAAUACCAAUGAGAUUGUUUGCCGCUAGAGGCCCCUAGAGAGCUAAGAAACCCAGGGAAUAAAUCAGACCCGGCUCAGCCGUUUGUCCUUCAGUCGGAUAGGUAAACAUAAUCGAGGAUUCUGCGAUGCGAAAGGCUGAGGGAGGGGAGAACGCGCGCCGCACAACUUAGCGCCCCCCUCAGAAUGGGGAACUCAUUGAAGACAAACCCUGAUAGACUAUGUUAGAGUUUCCUUUUCCCGGAGGGCGGCCGAUAAGAAACCGGAGGUGAUUGGAUUAAGAAUAAAUAAAUAAAUAAAUAAAUAAUAGUAAAAAGUCCAAACCGAGAGCAACAAGUGGACGCCGCUUACUCCAGGGAAUGACUUCGGACGGCAAAAUUGCCCCAGUCGCUGGGGCUGCAGCGGCUCAGCGCGCCUUGAGCUCCGGGUGGGGAGGGAGCUUCCCACUGAGCAGCGCAGCGCCGGUUCUUUGUCAAUAGCAAGAGCCUUCCCGGCCUCGGUGCGAGGGAUUAUUCUGAAGGGGCGAUUCACAACCAUGGCUCGGCGCGACCGCGGGGCUUCGAAAGAGCAGCGACCGGCGCUCUGCGCAUCCACGACCUGGUAGCGAGCGCCACAUUGUCACCCUCUCCUGUCGCUGCCCUCCUUUUACAUCUAUUUCCUGCUGGAAGCCGGGGUCUCUCUCUCUCUCUUUCUCUCUCUUUCUCUGUCUCUCUCCUUUCGCCGAUGGCUAAUUUUUGACAAGAUCGAAGCCGAAUCAAGUGGUCGCUGAAUCCCUGUCCUCGGUUCUGUUAAACGACGGCCGGAUUUUGCCGGGCGGGAAGAAGCAUUUCUCGCGGCGCCCUGGAAAGACGCGAAGAGAAACAACCGUUUCGCCGCCUGUACUAUCCUCCCCUCCCUGAGAACUACACCUGUGAAAACAGGUUGUUCGGGGACCCCCCCCACCACCACCUCGCCCUUGGCAAUCCGCGAGCUCCUCUUGGUCGUUGCCCUGCAGGGUUAAAUGCUUCUGCAUGAGGACAACUGAAGGGCGAUUUACCCCUUUCCUCAGAUGGGGAACAUAGAAUUGGAUUUUCAGCCUUCUCAUCCUCCUUCUCUUGCCACAAUUGGUACCAUUACUGCCUGGGUAAUAUUUUCCUGAGCUUAAAACUUUGUUGAUAGACUGGAAAGUGGGUGUACUGAGACCGCCUCACUGUGUAUACAAAGUGAACAUGAGAAGUUCCUUCAACUUUUUAUAUAAUGUAAUAAUGCACAAUCCCAUCACUAGGUAGUAGUGAAAAUACCUGCUACUUUGUACUUGGAUGUUCUGAGGAACUCAAGCUCUGAUUCCCUUUUUUUUCUUUUUGAACAGUUGCCAUUUGUACUUCACUUAGGUGCAUUGCUUUCUUGAUUCAAAAACAAAAAAUCAUGAACUUAUCUCUGUGGAUUUUUCCUAAACCACUGAAGGAUCCUUUAAGCAGGAGGAUUUCUAAUGGAAAAGGACAUGGUCCAGAAAUAUUUCCUUUCUACAUCCAAGGACUAUUUGCUAUAAUUGGACAAACACCUUUCCCGAAGCUGUGUCAAGCCUUCUGGGCAAUAAACAGAAAAUGGAAAUCUUGUAUUUGAGCAAUAUGCAAAUAUGCAAAUACGAGAACAUGACAGGCCUAUGUUUCCAAGAAAUUGUUUUCCAGACCCCAGUGCUUUUGCUGUUUUCAUGUAGAACACCAAGUGAUGACUAUUGAGACGAACAUUUAUUUUCCUUCCUGGGUCUUCUAAACUAAUACAUACAAAAUGGAGGUAGCCAUGGUAAGUGCCGAGAGCUCUGGCUGCAACAACCACAUGCCCUAUGGAUAUGCAGCCCAAGCAAGGGCCAGAGAGAGAGAGAGAUUAGUACAGUCUAGGGCAGCAGCAGCGGCAGCUGUGGCAGCUGCAACAGCAGCUGUAGAAACGGGGGCUUCUGUCGGAGGAGGUGGUCCACAUCAUCAUUACCAUCAAGAACAGAAUCGUGGGGCUUCUUCAUCAUCUCACAGUGGGCAUGCAUCACACAGUGGCUUUUAUCAAGGCAGUAGAAGGAAGGAAAGGAGGAAAGCAACCCAUUGUCUUGGCGGUCGCGAGUUUGGUGCCUCUUUUCCUUGCUCUGAGUUGCUCCUACUCAGUGGCUCAGAGGAGAAAAUCCUCAAAGAUUUGAGUGAGGAUGAUGAUGAGGAAGAAGAUGAGGAAAUGGAUGGACAGGAUGAAGAAGGCGAGGAAAGAAUGUUCUGUUACAACAAUGAGGAUGGAGAAGAUGAGCUUUCAUUUACAGAGCAGCCUCCAGAAGAUGGUGUGGGGCCUGGAGGUUACAGCUCAGUCCGUUACAGUGAGUAUGAGUGCUGUGAAAGGAUUGUGAUCAAUGUAUCUGGCCUACGGUUUGAAACCCAAAUGAAGACAUUGGCUCAAUUCCCAGAAACCUUGCUAGGAGACCCAACAAAACGGGGCAGGUACUUUGACCCCCUCCGGAAUGAGUAUUUCUUUGACAGGAACAGACCCAGCUUUGAUGCCAUUUUAUAUUACUAUCAGUCAGGGGGACGCCUGAAAAGGCCGGUCAAUGUGCCGUUUGACAUUUUCAGUGAGGAAGUGAAAUUCUAUGAACUUGGGGAAGAGGCUAUGCUCAAAUUUAGAGAGGAUGAAGGCUUUGUCAAGGAAGAAGAUGACAGGGUCUUGCCUGAAAACGAAUUCAAAAAACAAGUGUGGCUGCUCUUUGAGUACCCAGAGAGCUCCAGCCCAGCCCGAAUUAUUGCCAUAGUCUCUGUGUUGGUCAUCUUAAUCUCCAUUGUCAUUUUCUGCUUAGAAACUCUGCCAGAGUUUAGAGAUGAAAAAGAGCUCAUUUUGACCCAGAACUUGGAGAAUGUCAAUGAGACCCUUCAGCUGCAAGGUGGAGGGCUUACAGUCUUCAAUGAUCCCUUCUUCAUCGUUGAGACUGUCUGCAUUAUUUGGUUUUCCUUUGAGUUUACAGUGCGCUUCUUUGCUUGCCCUAGCAAAACAGUUUUCUUCAAGAACAUUAUGAACAUCAUAGACAUUGUUUCGAUUUUGCCUUACUUCAUCACCCUGGGUACAGAUUUGGCCCAACAACAGGGCAGUAAUGGUCAACAGGCCAUGUCUUUUGCCAUCCUAAGAAUCAUCCGUCUUGUGAGGGUGUUCCGCAUCUUCAAGCUUUCCAGACACUCCAAGGGUUUGCAGAUCUUGGGUCACACUCUCAGGGCCAGCAUGAGGGAACUGGGGCUCUUGAUCUUCUUCCUUUUCAUUGGAGUAAUUUUGUUUUCCAGUGCUGUUUAUUUUGCAGAAGCAGAUGAGUCUACCACCCAUUUCCAGAGCAUCCCAGAUGCCUUCUGGUGGGCUGUGGUGACCAUGACUACGGUUGGUUAUGGGGACAUGAAACCCAUAACUGUAGGUGGGAAGAUUGUUGGGUCCCUGUGUGCCAUUGCAGGUGUGCUGACCAUUGCAUUACCAGUGCCAGUGAUUGUCUCCAACUUUAACUAUUUUUACCACAGAGAAACUGAUAAUGAAGAACAGACCCAGUUGACACAAAAUGCAGUCAGUUGCCCUUAUCUCCCAACAAUACUGAAGAAAUUCCGAAGUUCAUCAUCUUCUUCCACCGAGGUCAAAUCAGAGUAUCUAGAGAUGGAGGAAGGGGUUAAGGAAUCUUUUUGUAUAAAGGAGAAAAAGGGCCAGGUUACAGGAAAUGGGAAAGAUACCACAAAGCAGAACUGUACAAAUGCAAAAUCUGUGGAAACAGAUGUUUAGCUUUGUGUGUUUCCAACAAAUUUAUGCAUCAAAAUGUGCAAUGGUUAAAAAAAUGAAAUAUGCAAACAGGUGUUUUAACAAGCAGAUAGGAAUAUGCCGCUUGCUGGUUAAACAUGAAUUACAAAGCAUUAGUAAACUUGUGUUAUGUAUCAAGUAAAUGAUAUACCUUGUGAAGGGGGAUUUACAUGAAUUGUUUCAAAGAUUAUAUUUUUACUAGAAUGCAGGUGUUUUGCACAUGAGGGAGACAAUUUUAUUUUUAAGGAGGUUGUGUUUAUCUGCCUCACUUGCUGCCCACUGGUAAAAGUUAGCAUUUCAAGGUAUUUACUAUGUAAGAAACAAUGACAUUCAGUAGCCAUGUAUUCAUUUGUUAAUGCUUUAAAAACAGCUACCAUAAUCCAGUGGAUUCCAUAGUCUUGAUUUUUAAAAUGCUAAGAAUUUUGUGGGAGAUUUAUUCUAUGAAAAGUCCAAAUUUAACCUUAAUUUGCUUAAAGAUGGAUUGAUUUUUUUAAAAAUGGAUAUUCAAUUGUUGAAGAUGCUAUCUAGGCCCAGAAAUGGUUUAUUUUUAUAACAGUCUUUUGAGACCUUGAAGCAAUUGUUAAGUAAUAUGUGGAUGAAUCAAGUAAGAAAAUCAUUUAACAUGUUCUGAAUGCAGUGAAAAAGUGACUGGAUUGCUUUUUUUUGCACUACUUUAUAUGCUGGAGAAUUUAUGACAGACUUCAUACUGUGAAUGUUUACUAAUGUUCAAUGACAAUCAUUGGAAGAGUGAAUCCCACAUCUUUAUUUUCUUGUAUUAUUCUUUGCGUAAUGCUGUUUGGCUAAGCGGCUAACUUUACAUGAAUUCCAUGAGUCUUUUAAUUAUGAAUAUCUGUUAUCUGGAAAAAAAGGAUUGUGAAGUAAAAUUUUA